CAGCAGCUUCGAAGCCACCCCACAACGUAGCAGCAUUGAUAAUCCGUUACAAAUCAAUGGCUACGGAGUCCGUUGGGAUAUGGGACCUGGAACUGCGAGGAAAACGAAAUUAUUAACAAGCCCAGGACGUGCCGCAAACGAUGAAUCCAGACGGCCUUCUCACCAACCUUAACCAGUCUCAACAGGCCGCCGUAUCUUCCUUCGCAGAUACAUUGGCCAUUCUUGCCGGGCCUGGGAGCGGAAAAACACAUACUCUCACCUCGCGAACAGCAUGGCUACUCGCGCAGGGUCUGCAGCCAUGGAAUAUCAUCGUUGCGACGUUCACUGUCAAGGCGGCGCGUGAGAUGAAGGAGCGGAUUGGAAAGCUGAUAGGGAAUGGCACGGAGUCGAAACUGAUACUUGGAACCUUCCACAGUAUUGCGCGGCGAUAUCUGGCUCGAUACGGACAUCUUAUAGACAUCAAAAAGGACUUCGGGAUUGCUGACAGUGCAGAUUCUCUGGCUAUCAUCAAGCGUAUCGUCAAGAGGCACGAUUUCAUGAUAGAUGCAAAGGUUGCUCGGUCGCGGAUCAGCGGAUUGAAGGCUCGGACGUCUGUGGAUCAUCCAAUAUCGAGAAGCAAAUCUGGUGCGAAGCAUGUGGAGGAGCAGGAGUUCGAAAAGUGCUACGCCGAGUAUGAAGAAGCUCUCCGGAGGUCCAAUCUCCUCGACUACGAUGACCUACUCCUUCGAUGUGUCGACCUUUUGCGUAAUCACCCUUCUUGUGUUUCGAACGUGGAGGCUGUUUUGAUUGACGAGUUCCAAGACACAAACUUGGUUCAAUUCGAUUUGAUGCGGCUGUUUGCUGCGCACCGGAAACGCAUCACAAUUGUAGGAGACCCGGACCAGAGUAUCUAUGGCUUUCGGGCAGCAGAAAUAAAGAACUAUAAGCGAAUGCUUCGUCAAUAUCCAGAUACGGUCACAAUUGCUUUGGAGGAGAACUACCGGUCUUCUGGGGCUAUUUUAUUGACAUCGUUGAAUGUGAUCGAGCAAGACAGCUCCAGAGUCGCAAAAUCUCUCCUGGCGACCCAUACUGUUGGAACGAGGCCUGUGCUUCGAAGACUGGCAGGAGCACAUAAAGAAGCACAAUGGAUUGUAACAGAGAUUCAGAGGGUCAGAGGAAUGACCGGAGAUCUACUUGAUCUAUAUGACUUCGCUGUCUUGCUUCGAUCUUCUGCAUUGUCUCGUCUUAUUGAAACUGCGUUGGGGAAGGCCGGCAUUGCAUAUAGAAUGGUUGGUGGUCUUCGAUUUUAUGACCGAGUUGAGAUCAAAACUGUAUUAGACUAUCUAAGAGUUAUCAACCAACCCGACAAUAACGACGCGCUGGCGCGAAUCAUUAACACCCCGUCCAGAAGGAUUGGAGAAGCAACUAUUAAGGACUUGUUAGAAGAGGCAGAUCAAUCAAAAAUUACCUUGUGGACCCUGGUUUUGGGGAUUGUACAAGGAAAGCGAACAGCGAAGACGAAGCUUAAGAACAAGGUGGAGCAGAACCUCACAGGUUUUGUAAACAUCAUCCUGACGGGAAGGAGUAAGCUGGCUGCGUCAGGCGACGAACGUUUGUCGAUAUCCGGAUUGAUCAAUUUCGUGCUCACCAAAACGAAUUAUGAGAGGUGGCUCGAGGAGCAUCAAGGCGAUGUCCACAAGGCCAGAUGGGACAAUGUACAAGAGCUUAUUACACAAGCUAUCGACUUUGAAAAUAUCAUAUCCUAUGGAUACGAGGAUGAAGCACUCCCGGAGGUUGAUGGUUUGAAACAGGAUGAGGAUGCGGCAACAUUGUCCAGAUUUCUUGCGAAUGUAGCACUUGCAUCAGAAGUCAAGAGUGACGAUACUGAAGGCGCUCCAACCGCACAAGUUACCAUCUCAACGAUACAUGCUGCCAAGGGUCUCGAAUGGCCUGUAGUUUUUAUUCCUGCUACCUACCAAGGAUCGAUACCACAUUCCCGUGCCGAAGACACCAAUGAAGAGCGGCGACUUCUCUACGUGGCUAUGACAAGAGCAAAAGCUCUUUUGUAUAUGAGCUGUCCUUUGAAGAACUCUCAGGGCGAGGACACGAUUCUCUCACCAUUCUUAACACCACCGGGCCUUGCUCCAUUGCUUGAUGCGAAGGGCCCUUCACUGUGGUCCUCUACAGUUCAGUCCAUGGCUCAAAUAUUGCGACGAAAUUUGCCGUCAACAAAGUCGAUCCAACUUUCUUCUGCAACACUCACAAGCACAGAGGAUGAUUUAUUUCCGGAAGGCGGUGACGAAGAUAAAGAGGAGAAAGAAUCCAGGUGGGAUUCCAUGAAAGGAGGUAACCCUACUUUCAAUGUGGGACAACAAGCUCCGAAGCGUCGACGAGUUGAGCUUGGCAGAAGUAUCAGCAACCUGGAAGAAGGGCCAGAGAGGAACUGGAAGCCCACGUAUGUCACCACGAUGGACCGAGCAUCCAGUUUCACUGCUGCUGGCUUAACUAUGCAUAGCGGGUUUGUGAGCGCGGGUUCGCAUAUGCAAGUGUUGAAGGAGCAGUCAGUGAACUGCGCUGUGGGUGAUCUGCAAGAUGCAGAUGCUUCUCAAAAUGGAACGAAGAAGCAAGGGAAGCAGAAAUCUAAGCUUCCCGAGGGACAGGGCACUCUUUUUGGAUUUCUUGGGAAGUCUGAGCCUCAGCUUGCAAGAAAGAUACCUGCCACGGGCAAAGAAGUGGACCUGUCGAGAUCUGUUGUGCCUCCAGUUUCGAAGAAUUUCAAUCUACCCAGGGCAGUACCGACACAUACAGAGUCGACUGGCAUCGACCCGGAAUUAUCGAAACACCGUCUAGGCGCUGGUAAUCCGGGAACACGACCGCGACAGGCUGGCCAUCUCGAUGUACAAUCCUCAAGGAACGACUACGUCUUUCUCUCUUCAUCACCACCCAGGUCAAAGCCUCCUCCUGUCCCGCAAACAGACAAAGUGCCACCAAAACCCGUCGGGCUAACUGCCAAACCAGCUAUGUUACCACUGAUCCGACCGCCUUUGUCGAAGCAUGAGACCACAGUGUCUCUGCUUCAGAAUGGCGGUGGUGUGCGGAAGACCUUGGGUUUGAAGAGGAGUAUGGAUGGAUGGGCAAGUAGGAAGGGUCAGGGGUUCAAGCCGCCGACUAUGAAACGGGGACCGUCAUCAUGAGUUACGCUACUAUGGGUUGUGGGUAUGGGUGGUAAGUGUAGAGUAUUGGCAUUGGAUGGAAUGGCGUUUCUUGGAUAAUGACUCAUUGAACAUGACCUCUCGCAUUUGCAAGAACGUGAUCACGUUGCAUAUUAUGUUGGCUAUUGCAUGGUAUUGCAGGCCUUUUGAGAUACCUAUUAUACUUGGACUGGCCUGUCUUUCGGUAUCGGAGUACAUGGUGGAGAGAAUGAAAUAGACCUUCAAGAGAUCGCUCUAUGGCUGUCAUCGUAUGAGAAUGAACCUCGUGCUUUUCACUUUAUAAGCC